CAGCGGCAACAGAAGCGGUAGAGUGUGGUAGUGCGAGGACAGGCACUCACUUACACGCAGUCUACUUGCUUCCCUUUUUUUUCUUCGUCGGGCAAAGGGAUUUUCCGACGCGACUUUUGUAGAACAAAAUAAACUAAGCUUUAUAUGGAAAAAAAAUAUUGUUUUGAAUGGCAUGAAGAAUAAUGACCUUCCUAAGAAAGAGAAACAAAGACUUUACAUAAUAGAAGUUCCAUGAUUUCUUUUACCCUUUCAAACAACAAUAAUUUAGAUAGAGGGAACAAGUAGACGCUAACUCUUUAAGAAUAUAUAUAUUUAUACGGAGGUGAAAAAAAUAAGAUAAAGACUAAAAAAAAGAGCAAGACAGACUGAAAAAGGGAAAACCAACAAAUAAAAUACAAAAUAAAGAAAAAAAAAGAGAAAAAGAAAGGGGGGGAAAAUAUCCGACAUACCGAUGCGAGAAACUAGGUCAGCCAAGGUCACGAGGAGGAGGUCAUCUGUAGCAGUGAGGAUCAACAUCAGAUCUUGAGGAUGGGUUGCAACUCGAGCAAGGAUAUGGUGACGGAGAUCAACAACGGUCGCCUGCAGGAAAACGAGUUCGACAUCGACCUUAACGACCCUGAGGUGCAGAAGGCCGCCACCAAGAUCCAGGCCGGAUUCCGCGGUCUUAAGGUUCGGAAGGAGAUGAAGGACCAAGCGCCAAGAACCGCCCAGGAGGUUGAUGACGAGAUCGCUGACAUCGACCUGACGGAUCCAGAGCUGGCGGACGCGGCGCUCAAGAUCCAAGCCGGGUUCCGCGGAGCCAAGGUCCGUAAGAGCAACAAAGCUAAGAAGGAAGAAGCUGAACUGAACGAAAAACUUGGCAAUCUGAACACGCCUCGCCGACCGAUCACCCGCGAAGCAACGACUCAAACAAAUGAACAGCGGUGACCCGAGGCAGAGAGCACCUUCCACGACCCGGGAACUAAAG